AUGGCUGCAUUUCACCCCUUUCCUCGGCUGCCCGCUGAACUACGUCUUCAGAUUUGGCAUCUAGCAGCGCAACCACGGCUCCUCGUCAUCAAGAAAGCCGGUGCCGGGGCCACAGAGUUCACCUCCCCGACCAAACCACCCCCUCUGACGCAAGCAUGUCGCGAGGCGAGAACCUCGGGGCCGUACGAGAAAGCGUUCCCCAGCAGCGACGGCCCGCCUCGCUACGCCUGGGCCAACUUUGACCUCGACACGAUCCACGUAGACUGCGCGCACAUCUGCAGAGACGACCUGUGCAGCGUCUUUCCCGAGCGCGCCUCGAUCCAGUCCCUGCAGGCCGAGGCCAUGGGCGACGACUUCAGCUGGAUCAGCGACAACUGCCUGCUCUUCUCGCUGCAGGGCUUCGGCGCCUUUCCGCAGCUGCGGCGCUUCGACCUCGUCGUCAACUUUGACCUCGCUUUGUGGACGGGCUUCAUCGGCGACACGUACUUUGGGCCCCGCUGUCCGAGGUCCAAUGUCAGGGUCAUCUGCGCGCCGACGGGCGAGUGGAUAGGCGAGACGACGAGUCGCUGGUACGGGGACUGGUACUCGCUACACGUCGCCGACUUUGAGCCGGCGCGGCGGCUUGAGGCGGGCGAGGACGACUACUACCGGUCAGAGGUGUGUCCUUCGCAGUUUAUGGUGCCGUGGGCGUAUUCGCCAUUGUCGGGCGGGUCAGCCACGGAGCAGACAGAAGACGCGGCUUCGCUGAUGGCGCUCGAAGAGGCGUCCUGGCUGGAGGAGGCCAUGUACGCGGUUGAGAUUGAUGGUGAAAUGGCGUAG